AUGGAAAGUCUUAGGAAGGAGCAACUGAAUCCGACCUCUUCUGUCAACUUCCUCGAAGCACUUCCCGAUGUCCUUUUCUAUGCGGUGAUUGAGAAACUUCCUGCACGCGUCAUCGAAAACACUGUUCGACUACUCUCAAGGGAUUGCUAUAGAAGGGUCGAGCUGCGCAGAGCAAGACUUCCUCGCGUUUGUUUCAAUUGGCUUGAUGUUUAUAGGAACGAGUUUUCCUAUGGCUUUGGAACAAUCACCUCAUAUAAGGAAACAAUCGAAUCAACUAAUUUGAUGCACCAUUUGGAGUAUUUGGCAAAGCGUGUGACUUUCAAGAGACUCGUUUUGUUUGACGUCGAUUGGGAAGUGUUUGCAAAUUGCAAGGCAUUAUUCCGAUGCGAGGAAUUAGCUUGUUAUAUCGAAGAGACGACUCUUUCGCCGGAAAGAUUCGUGGAUGUAUUUUGCCGUAUAAGGCCUACGCACCAGCUAACUAUUUUUGUGAAUGGAGACAAACAAAAUGUUCCUGUUACGAGCGAUUUUUUCACCAAUAAUCAUGCGGUUGGAUUGCAAAAUGUUUGCAUUGAUGGUUGGGGCAAGGCCAUGGUUGAUCCAUUAAAUGACACGAUCUUGUCGAAUUUUUGUCUUUUGAGUUUUGACGAGCGUCAAAUUGAUGAAAUUAACCUUCGAGCAGUUGGUGGGAAAGCAGAACUCCAAAAUUUCUUGCGCAACUUACUUGGAUUGUCAGGUGUUAAACUGAUUGAGAAUGCUUCAACUUCCAACUAUCAUGAGAUUCGUUUGAAAAGAGCAAAUGGGGACGUCGUUCAGCUUAACGUUGAUGCUAAUGUAGACGCUUCUGCACCAGGCAGUAUUGGAAUCUACAUGAGGCGUAAAUUUGGUUUGACUGGACGCAACGAGAUGCCCCAUAUGCAUGAAGUCACCACUGAAAAGGCGCCACUUGCCAGACGUGACGCUGCGAACAUUCCCACUCGUUAUUAUGAUCGUCCUAUUGAUUUGGAAACUGUGAAUGAGGAGGAUCGCGCAGCUAUAGAAUCCAACUACUGGCUCUCGACGAAUAGAAACGCGUUUUAUAAGAAAUACGGCGACAAGAUCAAACUCGCAAAAGCAUCAACGUGCACUUCCGAUUCGAAAGAGACUUUCUGCCGUUCUCCUCCAACAACUCCAUAUUCAGAUGCGAACAAGACACAUUAUAAUUCCAGAAUGACCGUAGCAGAAAAAAUCGUGCUUGUGUGUCUUGCAGUUGUUUGCUUCGUUAUCCUUCUCAUUGUCAGUAGGAUCGGAGAAGAAAAUACAGCACAUGAGCUCGAAAACGGAUCGUAUGAAGAUAGACUGCAGGCGGGAGGGAACAAAAAGCCUCCACAAAACAAAACCAAAAAAGUGUUAGAACCUGCAUUUUAUUUUCCCUCGCAUUCAAUUGAUCCAACUCCUCCAAAUACGUCUGUUGUUCCGAACUUGGAAGGCUGCUUUUCCCAAGCCACAUCUGAGACUUUGAAAAGCCAAGGAGAGAUUUGGCAAAAGAAGAUGGACGAGAAAGAAUUGGCUGAACGUUUUGAAAUUCUUAUCGAAAAUGCGUUUUCAAUCGUUCCUCAUUCUCAUCGUGAUGCUUCUCGCUAUGUCUGUCACUCUUGCGCUUCCAUCAAAGCGUGGGAC